GAGUCGCUAACAGCAUUGUCUCAGCCCGAUUUAACGCUCGCCGUCUCUUUUGCUUCACAACGGUCUCUUUCCUCCGUCGCCACCGCAAUUGCCUGUCUCAGAUCCACUCGCUCCCCCUGCCGAUUCGAAGGACUCGAGCCUCUUCUUCCCCCAACCGAUCGAUGGGCGUGGCGAGUUCCUUGGUACUCCCCUGUGCUCCAUUCUUUCCCGCUGGGGUCAUCUCUUAGGUUAUCAAGCAUGCUCCUGCUGAGAUUUCGGAGGCGCUUUGGGAGUUUUUAACAUAUCUGGUGAUUGAGUUUGACUUGGACAACUCAACUGGUAAUGCACAAGAUUGUAGGAUAAACGAGGCUAAAACGGGCUUUUAUUUUAUAUCUGCGUUGUAGGAGACAAUGAAAUCAAGAUCUGGUAAAGUUCUGCUUUGGUACACCAUUUUCUGCUUAACGACAGAAAACUUAGAAACUGAUUUGGAGCCUUUGCUUCGUUUUCUUUUCUGUUGAAUUAUCUUUUGGCAGUCAACAAUGGCCAAAGAUUUGAUAUCUGCUGAAGUUUUGAAGGCAGUGUUCACUCUGCUUGAUGGUGAAGAUCUAGUUUCAUGCAUGCUUGUAAGUCGUCAGUGGAGAGACACUGCCAGGGAUGACUACUUCUGGAAGUGCAUCUGCACCAAGAAGUGGCCUUCCAUUUGCAAAAGACCUCCUCCAGCCAUAAGUUACCACAAGCUCUUUUUGACUUUUUCUAGAUCCCAACCCCCUCAGCCCCUUCCUCCAUCAAGGCUUUCCUUCAACAAUUUGGAAUUCUUUAUUGACCUUUGGUCUGAACAGACUCUGAUAUUUUCUGAAGCUGUCUCAGGCACUGUGCUCCGGAGAGGGUUAAAGAAUCUACCUCCAGGAAUACCUGAUGCACUCAAGAUUCAUCUGGACAGUACAGAUUACAAGAUGAUAAUGCAAGUUGAGCCAAGAUUUUCUUUUCCACUUGGGCAGACGAUCAUUGUGUCUGUUCUUGUGAGUCGCAAAGACACAAAUCAGAUAGCACGGAUUGUAAAUCAAUCCCUCUUUGGAUAUGUUGAUGGUAAUGCAUUUCGUGCACUGGCUUACGACUACCUAAUCUUUGCACCAGGACAUCCAUUCAUAUCUGGAAUCAGGGCUUGGGUUUCCUUGUUAUUCAUGGCGAACACCGCUCACAGUAUCACCGAUGUCUUUGGCAUUGAGAUAGACUUCUGUGAUGCUGCAAACUCUGAGAAUGAAGUCCUGUGGCUUCUGGACAUGCUUGAUUGGAAAUACAUCUGAGCUACAUUUGCUGUUGAAUGUAAAAAAGUAUAAGCGUCAAAUCAAAUUGUGGAAUGUAAAUGAGAGAUGAUACUCAAUAUUUUGGAACUUGAGUUAAAAUAAACUAGAGGCAGAGUAUUGUCUACA